AUGUCCCCGUUUGAGGCUCUUUACGAUCGAAAACCACCCACCAUUCUGGAAUACGCUAGGGGAUCUUCUAUACAAGUGUUGGACGAGUCCCUCACUUCUCGUGACGAAUUACUCCGCACUUUGAAGGAAAAUUUGACCGCUGCUCAAAACAGAAUGCAUCAGAAGGCCAAUGCACAUCAUCGCGACAUUACUCUCACUGUUGAUGAUUUGGUUCUAGUGCACCUCCACCCGUAUCACAAAACACCAGUCCGUCAACAUAGACAACACAAACUCUCUAAGAGGUUCUAUGGUCCUUAUACCAUGCUAGAGCGCAUUGGGACAAUAACAUACAAACUACAACUUCCUUCUGGUAGUCACAUUCACCUGGUCUUCUAUGCGUCAGCUCUUAAGCCGUUUCGUGGUACUGAUAAUGUGUCAGCAUGUGACUUACCCUUGGAAAGCUUUGAUAACCAAGCUAUUGAUCAACCACAUGAAAUUUUAGAUUGGCGUACUUAG